GUGUUUCAAGACAAGGGCCGAUGCAAAUAGCAACUUACGAUGUCAUAUAUUGGAAAUCUGACAUCACUCCUCUCGUCUCAGCUCUCAAAAAGCUCCUGUGGCCUGUGUCCAAGUGGACCAACACCCACUUUGGGUUCGCCAUUCUAUCCACACUAUGCGAUGUAGCUUCGUGGCUUGCCUAUACACUACUGUACAGCUCAUCGAAAUGGAACGAUCGUCUGUUGAUCGCGGGCCAGAAUGUGACUGAGAACGACCGUAUGACAUGUCUGGCCGGCCGUAAACGAUUAUAUGAACCCAACCGCCUCCCGUCGCCCUGGCAAGUUUGCUCGUUCUAAAAGACUUCCUGGGAUAAUUCGGUGCGGUUGAUUCAUCGGACAUUCUUUAUUUGUUCUUUCAUUCUACCCACAGUUUGAGGGGAGAAAUAGGACCUUCGUUUAGUAAGCCUCUCGUUAUAAAUCAUACUGCAUCUACAGUGGUCAACAAACUUCACAAGCAACCAUGAAGUGGACUUUGGCAGCUCUCGCUCUUCUGGGGUCGGCCUCCGCCAAUC